AUGGCUUCCGCACAACCUGUUUUUAGAGAUGGUGGUAGUGGCAACAAACCUCCUUGCUUUGUUGGUGAACACUAUGAUUUUUGGAAAAUUCGCAUGCAAGCUUUUUUGGAAGCACAAGGAGAAGAAAUAUGGGAUGCUGUUGAGAAUGGUCCAUUCAUUCCUACAACAGUUGUUAAUAAUGUUGUAGAAACAAAAGUAAAAGCCUCUUGGACCGAUGAUGAUAAGAGAAAAGUGCUCUUUGACAAGAAAGCAAAGAACUUACUUCAAUCAGCCCUAGGGAUGGAUGAAUUCUUUCGGAUAUCCCAAUGUAAAACGGCAAAAGAGAUAUGGGAUACUUUAGAAGUAACACACGAAGGCACGACAGAAGUGAAAAGAUCUAAACUAAACACUUUAUCACAAGAAUAUGAAAUGUUUAGAAUGCAACCCGGUGAAACAAUACUUGAUUUACAAAAGAGAUUUUCACAUUUGACAAAUCAUUUGAUGGCGCUCGGAAAAACCUUCACAAAUGAUGAAUUAAAUUUAAAAGUUCUUAGAUCAUUAACAAGAGCAUGGCAACCAAAAGUGACGGCUAUUUCAGAAAAGAAAAGCCUAUCAAAAAUGUCAUUGGCGGCAUUGUUUGGAAAAUUGCAAGAGCAUGAAAUGGAACUUGAUCAAUUGGAAAGGCAUGAAGGGCGUGAAAAUAAAGUUAGAACACUUGCAUUAAAAACUAAAGCAAGAGAUUAUGAUAGUGAUGAUGAAGAGUCUCAAAGUGAAAAAGAUGAUGAAGAUGUAGAAGUACUUUUCAAGAAAUUUAAAAAUUUCUUAAAAAGAGAAAAAACUAAGAAACUUGAUCAAGGAAAGAAAUUUAAUGGCGAAUCCACUUCAAGACAAAAUUUCACAUGCUUUGAAUGUGGAAAACAAGGUCACAUGAAAUCAGAUUGUCCAACUCUUCAAAAGAAAAGUGGCCACAAAAGAAAGAAAGAAUUCAAACCAAAGAAGGCCUACAUUGCAUGGGAUGACAAUGAGAUAAGUUCAUCAUCCGACUCGGAGAGCAAAGAAUAUGCAAAUCUUGCAUUAAUGGCAUCACAUCAUUCCGAUGAUGAAUAUGAAGAGGUUAGUAGUAAAUCUUCUUCUUAUGAUAAUGAUUUACAAAGUGCCUUUAAUGAAUUAUAUGAAGAAUUUUUGAAACUUUUUAGAAAAUAUUCAAAUCAAAAGAAAACUAUUUUAAAACUAGAAAGUAUGGCUAAUGACACAAAAGUGGAAUUAGAAGAAGUCAAAAAUUCUACAUGUAAUAAAUGUCACGAUCAUGAGUCUAAAAUUGUUGAAUUAAACCAAGUGAUAAAGAAAUAUGAAAAAGGUCAAAUUGGUUUAGAAAAUGUGUUAAGUAGUCAAAGAUUCUCAAAUGAUAAAUGUGGACUUGGGUUCUCCAAUUUUGAUAAACUAAGUACAAGUCACAAUACCUUUGUUAAGACUACUUGCAAUAAAUUCAACAAUAAUGAAUCAAAGAAAGAACAUGUUGUAAAUUAUCAUAAAAGGACUUAUGAUAGAAAUAAUUUUUAUGGCAAUAAAGAGAAUCAUAUAUUUAGACCUACUUGCUUUUAUUGUAAUACAAAAGGUCAUACUCCUAAUGCUUGCUAUGUAAGGAACAUUGGUGUUCCUAAUGGGGAGUAUAUAUGGAUAAAGAAAGGAAUUAACCCAAGAGGACCCAAAGAAAAAUGGGUACCUAGAAAAUAUUAUUAA